CGCUAUUACCUAAUCCAACGUUUCUCGACAGAAACUCAAAGAGAGAGAGAGAAGGGUCACACAGCUUAGCUUUUGUUGCUCCUUUUGUGGGUUUUUCAUCAUCUCCAUCUUCCGCCUUCACCUGCACCAUCUCUUUAAUCUGAAGCCCACCUCAAAUCAGAUCUUCGCUGAUUACUUUAGCACUGUAGUUGGGUUUUCGAUCUGGGUUCGACUUAUUUGUGGAUAGUUUACAACACUCAUCUCAAUGUUUAAUUUUUUCGCCGUCAAUGUUUUCUAAGAAUGUCUGCUUCUUUGGCGACAUUCACGCGUCCCAGAAUUGGAGCGACAAACACGGUUUUCAAGAGUGGGCCACUGUUCAUAUCUUCUAAAGGAUUGGGCUGGAAGUCAUGGAAGAAGCGUUGGUUUAUUCUCACACGCACUUCUCUGGUGUUCUUCAAAAAUGAUCCAAGUGCACUUCCUCAGACUCAGAGAGGAAGUGAAGUAAAUCUGACAUUGGGGGGAAUUGACUUGAACAAUUCUGGAAGUGUUGUUGUUAGAGAGGACAAAAAGCUUCUAACUGUUUUAUUCCCUGAUGGACGCGAUGGGCGAGCAUUUACUCUCAAGGCAGAGACUUCAGAGGAUUUGUAUGAGUGGAAAACAGCUCUUGAACAUGCUCUAUCACAAGCACCAAAUGCAGCCCUUGUUAUGGGACAAAAUGGAAUCUUCCGGAAUGAUACUACAGAUUCCACUGAAGGCCCCUUCUAUCAAUGGAGUAAUAAAAGACCGAUUAAGUCUUUGGUUGUUGGAAGACCAAUAUUGCUAGCAUUGGAGGACAUAGAUGGAGGCCCAUCUUUCCUUGAGAAAGCACUUAGAUUUCUUGAGAAACAUGGAAGCAAAGUAGAAGGAAUCUUGAGACAAGCUGCUGAUGUAGAGGAGGUUGAUCGCAGGGUUCAAGAAUAUGAAACAGGCAAAACUGAAUUCAGUUCUGAUGAGGAUGCACACGUUGUUGGUGAUUGUGUUAAGCAUGUUCUUCGAGAGCUACCCUCAUCACCUGUUCCUGCAUCCUGCUGCACUGCUUUAUUGGAAGCUUAUAAAAUUGAUCAGAAGGAAUCUCGAGUAAAUGCUAUGCGUGCUGCAAUCUUGGAAACAUUUCCUGAACCAAACAGGCGUUUGUUGCAAAGAAUCCUGAAGAUGAUGCACACGAUUUCCUUGCAUACUUCUGAAAACCUAAUGACAGCAUCAGCAGUUGCUGCUUGCAUGGCACCAUUGCUAUUACGCCCACUUUUAGCUGGUGAAUGUGAGUUGGAGGAUGAUUUUGAUAAUAAUAAUAAUAAUCCCAACAAUUCUGCUCAGUUGCUUGCUGCUGCUAAUGCUGCUAAUAAUGCUCAAUCUAUUAUUGCAACUCUCCUAGAGGAAUAUGAUAUUAUCUUUGAUGAUGAUGCGAUGCUGAGAUGUUCUAUGUCAGCAGAUUCUAGGGACAUUAGUGGAAGUGAAGAUUCGAGUGAUGAUGAAAAUGUGGAAAUAAAAAACAAUGUUUAUCAUGAUGCACAAAAUGAAGCUGAUCAGGAAACUGAUGAUGAUGAGGAAGAGGAUGAUCCUGAACGUGUUUUUAGUGGAAAAUUGAGUGAAAGCAGUGGUUAUGCUGGCAGUGAUCUUUAUGACUUUAAGGCAUAUGGAGGUGAUGAAUCAGAUGUGGUAUCCCCAAAAAACAACAUUAAUUCAGCAGAAAAAUCAAAUUCAUUAUUAGCAGAGUCUCAACAACAUCUUGGAGAUUCUAUUGUUGAAAUUAAUGAGCAACAAAUGAAGCAAAACAGGGCAAAUGACAAUGAAUCAUGCGCUGGGACUCCACUUUCCAAACUAACAACUGCCUCCAACAAUAAUUCUAGACGUUCAACAAUUUGGGGAAGGAAUAAUGGCAGAAAGACACCAUCAAUGGAAUCAAUCGAUUCUUCUGGAGAAGAGGAACUUGCUCUUCAAAAGCUUGAGCUCACGAAAAACGACUUGCGACAAAGAAUCGCAAAGGAGGCUAGAGGAAAUGCAAUACUUCAAGCUAGCUUGGAAAGAAGGAAGCAAGCAUUGCAUGAGCGCCGAUUGGCACUUGAACAAGAUGUUUCAAGAUUGCAAGAACAGCUACAAGCUGAGAGAGAUUUAAGAGCUGCAUUAGAAGUCGGAUUAAGCAUGUCUUCUGGACAGGUGUCAGGAUCCCGUAACAUGGAUUCAAAGACAAGGGCAGAGCUUGAGGAGAUUGCUCUUGCUGAAGCAGAUGUUGCCAGAUUGAAACAUAAAGUUGCAGAGUUGCAUCAACAACUUCAUCAACAACGCCAACAUCACUAUGGCUCUCUCUCUAAUGCUUCUGAUCGAUUCCAACAGAGAGGUUUUCAGCAAGGCUUUGAUUCUACUAUUGCUAUAAUCAACCAUGAAAGGAAACAAAGAUCAGAGGAAACUUCAUUGGGAGCAGAGUUAAGAAACAUCAAAGGGCAGGCCUUAAUGAAUGGAAACAAGAGUAGGAAAACUACUACUCAUAAGCCAUUUUUAGACUCACAAAGCUUGAGUGAUUCUAAAACUAGUACACAGGCUUCCACAAGUUUAUCCAUGGAUGAUUUUGGGGCUGUUGAUUCUGUGGGUAUUAUGCCAUCUACAUCAAAACCAGCCGAGGUGAACGAUUAUCCAAGACAACAAUUGGCAACAUCUUCCACAUUGGUAGAAUUAACAACUCGCCUUGAUUUCUUCAAAGAACGAAGGUCUCAACUCAUGGAACAACUUCACAAUCUUGACUUAAACUAUGGGUCCACAACACAAGAUCUUACAUAUAAACAACCGUCGCCAGGCUGGAACAUACUUAAAAGAAGCUGAUCGUUUGGCAUUUGUAUAUCCUAUUCCUAUGUUUCUUCUCCUUUCAUGAUUCUUUGUUGGAAACUUAUUAAACUUGGUUUCUUCUUAUUAGGUGAAGUGGGUUUAUAGAAUCUUUAAUUGGGUAUGUGUAUUAUUUUGUUCAAACUGAUGAUUAUGAAGUUUUCAACAUAAUCUUAUACUGCUAUUUGAGAAUGUAAUGAAUGGUUUAAUUUUAUGUUUAAUGAGUGUUGCGUUCUUGGGUGUA